AUGCCUGAAAGAAAAUUAGAUGUUAUCUUGUUUGGAGUAACUGGUCUUGUUGGCAGAUAUGGGGUGAAUUUUUUCCAUGAAUUAACGUCAAAGAGAGGACUUCAGAUCAAAUGGGGCAUCGCCGGAAGAAAUGAAAAUAAAGUCCGAAAAGUACUGCAAAAACUACACGAGAAAACUAAAGAUGAGAGAAUACCCAAAAUACCUGUGUUUUUAGCUGAUUUGCAAGAUCCUGAGUCCAUAAGAAAAGUGGUGAAAAAUACCAGAGUAUUGUUGAACUUCUGUGGACCUCUACUUCAACACGGUGAGAAUGUUAUCCGUACUUGUAUAGAUUUAGGGACUCAUUACCUGGAUGUGAGUGCUGAACCCAAUUUCAUCGAGAAAAUCCAACUAGAAUACGAUGACCAAGCCAGAAAAGCAGGAGUGUAUGUGUCCAACUCAUGCGGUUACGAUUCUCUGGCUUACGAUAUGGGUAUUGUGUUCCUCCAAAGGAAGAUGAAAGGAUUAGUGAAUUCUGUAGAGACAUAUUUAAAGUAUGGUUGCGAUAGAGGGGGUAUUCCUGGACCAGACUUCAACACGUCAACUUGGAACUCUAUGAUCGAUCUGCUUGGAAACAGCAACGAGCUCAAACAGAUGAGAAAGCUCAGAAAAGAAGAGUGGCCAGUUCUCAAACCCAGAUUGAGACGUAGGUUGAUCCCAUUCAAGCCUGAAAAUGAAGAAGGUUGGGCAAUUCUGUCUCCUACGGCAGAUCUUUCGGUGAUGCGAAGAACUCAACAGCAUAGAUACAAAGAGAGGAACGCAAGACCAGUACAAAUAGAAUCUUACUUUGUAUUCCCUAGUUUCGUGGAGAUAAUUCUCUUCAUUAUUUUUGGUGGAUUCUUGCUACUUCUCAGCAAAACAAAGUUUGGAAGGAAUUUGCUACUAAAAAAUCCAUCUAUGUUCACUGGUGGUUGUUUCUCCGACAAAGAACCCUGUGAAGAGAAGUUGGAUGACAAUUGGUGUUCUCUUAUUUUAGUAGGUAAAGGAUGGAAGGAUGCAAAGGAUCAACCUAAACACGCCCCCGAUACUGAAUUAGUGGCUAGAAUCAAAGGAAAUAAUACAGGGUAUAAAUUGACUAGUUUGUGUUUAGUUCUCUCAGGAAUUAUGUUGCUCACAGAACCAGAAAAACUUCCUAAAAGGAAAGGAGUAUUAACUCCUGGAGUUCUUUUGUCUGAAACGUCAAUAAUAGAGCACCUACACGCAAAUGGACUCAAAUUUGAGUGGAUCAAGAAUAAGGAGAUGCAGAAAAAGUCAUGUUAA